UUGUUUUUCCUAUUUGUAUCAUACCAUUGGGACUGCAAGAGUCAAAGUGUAAAUGUAGAUUUACCUGCAGGUCGGCAUCAAAUCAUUAUCCAAGGCGCAAGUGGUGGUCGAGCUUGCUAUGCGGAUAAACCUGCAGGAUAUGGCGGAAAUGGCACUUGGAUUCAAGGCAAAAUAGAUGUUAAAGGUGGUAUGACAGUGACGUUCAAUGUUGGCGAGAGUAAAGGAGCGAGUUGCAAUAGUCGCUCAACAGGCGGAUGGCCUGAUGGUGGCGAUGCAGGUGACGAUACAGAAUGGUUUAAGAUCCCAGACGAUUAUUCCGGAAGUGGAGGCGGUUCCACUGAAGUUAAAGUUGCAAAUACUGCAAUUACCAUCAUGCUUGCGGGCGGCGGCUCAGGAGGCUGCGGCAAACAUAAAGGAGGCCCUGCAGGCGGGAUUGGGUAUCAUCUUGGAUGGUCUGACGAUACAGUUCUAGAUCGAAUUGAAGAAAGCGGCUCUCUUGUAGGUCAAAGUUCCGCAAUCGUAUUCUGA